UCUCUCAACUCAAAACUCUCCAUCAUCAUCACAACUCCAACCAUGGCAACUUCCUCCGUGCUCUAUAACCCACUUCCCGUCCCUCAAUCCACCAAGAAGAGAUCACCAUCCAUCGCCCGUGCCCCAAGAGAGAUAGUUCUCAAUCCACCACACACAAGCUCGUCGGGCCAAGCCGCUCGUCUCGCCAAAUCGCUAUUGAACCUCCUCCAUCUUCACGUCGAAGCGCCCCCGGGAACCGAGGAUCUCCGCUUCUCCAGGCAGGUUAGUUCACGCGAUAUCGACGAGAAAUACUCCGCCCCGACAAAGUCUCCUAAGGAGGUGAUAUGCAAUAAGUGGCGCGAAAUACACGGGUCGUCGGAUUGGGAGAACCUCCUCGACCCCCUCCACCCUGGGCUCCGGAGGGAGAUAAUCAAGUAUGGGGAGUUUGCGCAGGCGACCUACGACGCGUUCGACUUCGACUCCUUCUCGGAGUACUGCGGCAGUUGUAGGUACAACAAGCGUAAGCUCUUCGACGAGCUGGGCUUGAACCAAAACGGUUACGAAGUCGCCGAGUAUAUUUACGCCAUGUCCCACGUGGAGAUCCCGAGAUGGCUGGAGAGGUCCCAAGUGGCGGACACGUGGAGCAAGGACUCUAAUUGGAUCGGCUAUGUAGCACAUAGCGACGACGAGGAGACACGCCGGAUCGGGCGCCGGGACAUCUUGGUGGCGUGGCGGGGCACGGUGGCUCCGUCGGAGUGGUACGAGGACUUCCAAAGGGAGUUAGAGCCAAUUGGGAAUAAGGACGGUCAUCAUGCCAGGGUAGAGCGUGGGUUCCUAAGCAUCUACACCUCCAGGAGCGAGUCCACGAGGUACAACAAGUCGAGCGCGUCGGAGCAAGCGAUGAGCGAGAUACGCAAGCUCGUGAAUCUCUACAGAGAUAGGGGAGAGGAAGUGAGCCUCACCAUAACCGGCCAUAGCCUAGGAGGCGCAUUGGCUCUCCUCAAUGCUCACGAGGCUUCAUCCGCCAUCCCAAACCUCCCCACAAGCGUCAUAACCUUCGGUGCACCAAGAGUUGGGAACAGUGCAUUCAGAGACGAGCUACGCGGAAACGGGGUCAAAACCCUAAGGGUAGUAGUGAAGCAAGACCUAGUCCCAAAGAUGCCAGGGCUUGUCUUCAAUGAAAGCUUGGAUAGGUUUGAUGAGCACAUAACUGGGGCAUUGGAGUGGGUCUACACUCAUGUUGGGGCUGAAUUGAAGCUGGAUGUCCAGUCAUCACCUUUCCUGAAACAUGGGUUUAACUUGCUAGGGUUUCACAUGAUGGAGACUUACCUCCAUCUGGUGGAUGGGUUCCUCAGCACAAGGUCCAAUUUUAGGGCAGAUGCCAAGAGGGACGUGGCUUUGGUCAACAAGGCAUGCGACAUGUUGGUGGAUGAGCUGAGGGUGCCUCACUCUUGGCACCAAUUGGCCCACAAGGGUCUUGUGUGCAAUGAGCAUGGAAGAUGGGUGAAGCCUAGAAGAGACCCUGAAGACAUACCUUCGCCCAUUGGAGUAGGACACAAGCAAAAUUUUUGUUGUUGAGGUGGCCCCAAGAAGGCCAUGAAGGACUUGUACUCUUGCGCAGUCUUUAAAUGAAAUAGAGAGAUUCUUUUUUGGGGGAAGUUUUGUUGUUUGUUCAUUGCAUUUUAGGGUAUGGUAUUCUCUUUUAGAUGCUAGUUCAGAAAUAAUAACAUUUGACUCUUAACAUUAAAGGCAGAAUCAAGCAUCGUUGGAUCGAUAACUAGGUUGAAGUGUCGAUUUGAACUAAUUAAAGAUUGUCCUGCC